AUGGGCUUUGUGUUAGGAGUCUUCAUUAAAUACUUCGAUACCCCAAUUGUCAAAGCCAACAACCGGGACCUCUCCUACAUUCUCCUUGUCGCCCUCCUGUUUUCCUUCUUGUCCUCCUUCCUCUUCAUCGGUCGGCCAAGGAAAGUGACUUGCCUUCUCCGACAAACAGCCUUCAGCAUCAUAUUCUCACUUGCUGUCUCUUCAGUGUUGGCCAAAACCAUCACUGUGGUCCUGGCCUUCCUGGCCACAAAGCCAGGGAACAAGAUGAGGCGAUGGCUGGGGAAAAGCUUGGCCAACUCCAUUAUCAUUUCCUGUUCUAGUGUCCAAGUUGUCAUCUGCACCAUCUGGAUGGGGACCUCUCCACCCUUCCCAAUCUCUGACCUGCAUUCUCAGCCUGGACAGAUCAUCCUGCAAUGCAAUGAAGGGUCUGUCACCAUGUUCUAUGCUGCCCUUGGCUACAUGGGCUUCCUGGCUGCCAUCUGCUUCAUGGUGGCCUUCCUAGCCAGGAAGCUGCCUGGGUCCUUCAACGAAGCCAAGCUGAUCACCUUCAGCAUGCUGGGGGUCAACCAGAACUCCAGGCUCUUACCCAACAUCACCCUGGGCUACAACGUCUAUGAGAACUAUUUCAAUGCAAGAAUGACUUACGAAGCCACAAUAGACCUGCUUUCAACUGGGCAGAAAAACAUUCCAAACUACUACUGUGGAAGGCAGAAUCGCCUGUUGGCCAUUCUUGAAGGAGCUGAAUCUGAAAUCUCCACCCAGAUUUCAACGAUGUUGAACAUCUACAAAAUCCCACAGGUCAGUUACGAUUUCGAUUCUGCUGCUCUUAAUGAUGAAACCCAGUUCCCUUUUGUCUACCGGAUGGUCCGUACAGAACAGAGCAAGUACCUGGGCAUUGCCAAGCUGGUCCUGCAUUUCAGAUGGACGUGGAUCAGUCUUAUUGCUCCGGACAACGGCAACGGAGAGCGAAGCCUUGAGAGAGCUCACCCGCUCAGCUGA